CCUACGUGUUUUUUUUAAGAGUCAUCUGCAGAGUUUUCCAGCUGAUGAUGAACCAAAGCAGGACAGCAGAGAUCUUCAUCCCAGACAUCUGGAUGAACGACGUCUUCAGGAUCUGUACCUAUAUUGCAGCAGCAGCCGCCUUGGGUUUCAUGGCUUUACUUGCUGCAGGGUUUUUGUUACAGAAGAAAUGUUCCAGAUCUGAGACAAAGACAACACCAUACACAAGCAAUGUAGAGUUCACCCCUGAAAGGGCAAACCUACUGAAUGGGUCGAGGUCACUGAGUUUAGACAACAAAGAAAACGAGUCCCACAUAAGAGAGAUAGCUGAUCUCAAGUCAGAGAUAAGAAGGAAAGAACAGAUCAUCUGUGAUCUCAAGAAACAAAUCUCAUCUCAGCAGAGAUGUCCUCUCCUCCAGGUCCACCAGCCAACAAUGAUCCAGAACUCUCAAUCUCCCCACCAACCUCUGGAUUCUAACCAAACCAAACCAACACAAACUGCUUCUAAACCAUUCAAAUUGGCCAAAUCCCACCAAAAGAAUGGGUCCAAAUGUGGGAACGAAAAACAAAAGAAUCCAGGAUUCCAGAAAUAUUCCCGUAAAUGCAACAAUCUGGAUCUGGAGCCUUUGGUCCCUCCAGAUUCUCCAGUCAGUGAUCAGUCUGCAACACAAGUCCACAUUCGUUCUUUCAGCGAGCCAGUGUCUCACAACACCGACGUCCUUCAGCUCAAACAUUCCUCAAGUCUUCUAUCAUACCAGAACCGUUCAGUCCUCUGAUGGAUGCAGGUGGAGAGAUGUGAUGUGGACAUCAGCAGCAUCAAGGACUAAGGUGAUGGGCUUUUGGUAAACAAGGUGAAAUUGAUGAAAUGAUGUGAUAUUUUAUUGGAAAUUUAAGUAAAAUGAAUAUUUUUAUGCUAAACUAAAAUAAGUGGUGGUGAAUAUUGACCCAGAUCAAGAAAACAGGAGAGAACCACAGGAUGACUUCAGCUCUUGUCUCCUUAAGGCCUCAGGCUCUGAUUGGUCAGCAGGACCUGACUGCAGCCUUUGACACUGUUGACCAUCACCUGCUAUUGGAGAGGCUGAGAGACUGGGUAGGCCUAUCAGGAACUGCUCUGGAGUGGUUCUCCUCUUAUCUUGCUGAGCGCUCCUUUUCUGUGGCCGUCUCCAAGUUUA